GAGGCACCAGGUAGACAAAACAUUAUAGGCAAAACUUAGAUAAAGCCAAGGUAAACAGAGAAAGACGCAAGUGAUAAUUGAAGAAGGGCAAAGGACAUGACAGGAAGGGGAGGGGGAAGUAAUAUCGAAAAGUGUCUCUCAGUCUAGCAGCAUUUGGCACCUCAGAUUUCGCGCCAUAUUGGAUCUCGUGGGAAAAACAUUAGAAAACCCAGCCAUUUCACAGUUCCCGCGGCUUGUGUGUGCAAAAUAUGGCCAUCUGAGCGAGGAAUACAAGCAAUGGAACCAGAAUACGUGUGGGUGAGGCCUCUUAGUGGCCGGCCAGCCCAGCACUGAUGCCCACCCUGGACCCCGGCCAUCCCACCCAGUUCCCGCCCAGCCACCCAUCCUCGAUGGCCAACCCCUAUGCUUCCUCCCGCUCCGGGCCACUGCCCCCUGGCUCUGGGUAUGGCCGACUGCCCCCUGCUGCCCCCCAGGUCAUGGCUCCUCCCCCCCACCGGGUCAACUCAGGCUUUCUCAAUCCUGCUGGCCGAGGACCCCCAGGCUCCCUGAAGUCGUCAGGACACUCGGGCCAGUACCUGCAGCCCCGGCCCCACUCUGACCCUCCUCCUGGGGAGCCCCGCCAGCCUCCAGCAUACCCUGAGCCCCCAAGGUAUCCUGGGCCUCCAAUAGAUGAUCCCGAGAGGCACCACCGGGGCCCCAAACAUGAGGGUCGUGGAGAGGAUGAGGCAGGGACAGGGCGACACUCCCUCCAUGCCCAGCUGGCCGAGCUGCAGCAGCUGCGGGAGGCACACCAACGCCUUACCGACGACAACCAGGAGCUCCGAGACUUGUGCUGCUUCCUUGAUGAUGACCGCCAGAAGGGCCGUAAGCUGGCCCGGGAGUGGCAGCGGUUUGGGCGCUACACGGCCUCUGUCAUGCGGCAGGAGGUCACCGCCUACCAGAAUAAGCUGCGUGGUCUGGAGGCAAAGCAGCACGAUCUGAUCAAGGACAACCUGGAGCUGAAGGAGCUGUGUCUGUACCUGGACGAGGAGCGGAACAAUGCCACCUGCACUCACUGCGGCAACCCUCUCAUCACCCGGGACGACGGUGACGGCUCCUCCUCCUCCACCAAUGCUGAUGAGCCUUCAGGGCCACCCCAGCCUGCACCACAGCCCCCUCCACCCCCAGACAUCCCCCUGGCCCGUUCCUCCUCCAGGGAGCGGCUGCUGGAGGACACUCUCACCCGCCAGAGGUCGCCCAUGAAUGAGCAAGUGCUGAGCUACAUCAAGUCCCUGGAGGCGCGGGUGCUGCUGCUGGAGGCAGAGAAGCAGCAGCUCUCGGAAAUAGUCAAGCCUAGCCGCUUCCACCCUGAGGGUGCAGGAGGGGAGGUUGGCGACGUCCCUCCCCCACCCCCUCCCCCACACCCUCGCCCACUGCAGCCUCCACCCUACUCCCUGUCCCACCACUUGAGGGCAGUUGGGCUUGGCUUGACACACAGAGCACCUCUUGGACCUGGAUCAGGGGACAGUGAGGAGGACCUGCUUCCAGAGGGACCACCCCCACUUGUGUCACGUCCCACCUCCGUUGCAGCGGCCAUGAGGGUGCUGGAAGUGCAGGAGCAGCUGGAGGGUGUGAUGGCCCCUUCCUCAUCUGGUCCUCCCCCAAGCCAGGGUCCCCCACCCCCUACCCAGCAGCCCACACUCCCUCCACACAAUGCUGCCUUAGCUGAUGGCGAGAAGGCGCUGCUCAGACAGAUGUGUAAUGUGGUGUGGAAGAAGCUGGAGGAGGUGCCGAGCCAGAACAGAUAACCAGCAGUGCCUCUCUGUGUGCCUCCUGCUGAAGGGAUGUAGCCAGGUGGGCAUCUUCUUGCACCACUGCCUGGGGAAUGGUGGUGCUGGCCUCCCGUCCCACCCUCCUGUACAUUCUCAUCAAGGAAUCUCUCUCCAGGUGUCUCGUACAAACUGUAACUCAUGCCUUGCCUCCCUUCCUCUGAGGUGUGAAGACUGGCUCUCCACUCCAGGGAAGGUAUGAAGGAACUUAGUGCCUCAGCAUUGCAAGGUUUUCAAUACUGUAUUUUCUGGCAUGGAAGAAGGAUGCACAGAUGCUCAGAUGCACUCUUAUUGUUAUGUGUACCUUGUACUGCUGCCACGUCGAGUGACAUCUUCAAUGCACUGUGGUCCUUCCUGUCUUUGCUGUGUAUAAGAAUGUGUGUGCAUGUUUUGCUUUGAAUUAGUUUCAUUGAAGAAAGUCUUGGUUAAGAGUCCUUCUUGUUACUUAGCACCAGAUUGCAGGUUGUCAAGGUAGAGUGUCAUGCACCAGUUUGUUGUGGUGGCUUGUCACUUCUUGCAGCAGCAAGUUACAGGCAGUGCACCACUUCAUCCUUCCUUUAUGAAUAUUACUCCAGUACUGCUCAUGGAUUUUUUGAGCCUCCCUGGCACCCUGUGCUUCCCACACAGUGCACAAGUGACUCAUUAACUCUUCAAGUAGAACAUUACUUUGGUUUAGAAAAAGCUUCCUUAGUUUGUAUUUAUAAGAUCCACAAUGACAUGUGAAUGUCAUUGUUCGGAGCAUUGCUUUAGAUUAAGAGAGAUGUUUGUUGAACCUUUAGGAGGAUGAAAGCAGGAGAUAUUCUGUGCCAGAAAGCACAGUUAAAUCUGAUGGAAAAUCCUCUUAUGAAUGAGAGGUGUAGCAUUAGUGGUAAAGUUUUAUGAAAUAACCUGUAGGUCAAAUUCAGUAUUAUAGAGAGUUUUAGUUUGGAAAAGAAAAUGCCUUGUUGUCUUGGUGGUGGCUGUCAUUUGGUGCCUUCAGUGUCCAGAGUGCACUUGUGUGUUGGGACAUGAAUCAGUGCACGUAGCGGCGGUGAGUCAGCAGGACUUACUGUGCCAAGUGGUGGUGCUUGGGUGACACCAGGCCAGCACAUGUGCCACAUGCUGCUGCAUCUUCAGCUGUGGCUUCUUCAGCAUCAUUAAUAUUUACAAAGCAUAGCUUAUAACUUUUAGUUGUACAUACAUAGUGUUUUAUAGAAGAGAAAACAAAGCUGUGAUUGUCACAAACUUUGUUGACUAAUAGGACAAUUAAAUUUCAUCCUGAAAUUGAGACAUGGCAAUGGUUAAAGGAUUUAUUUAUUUUUUUAUUUUUUAUUUAUUUUUUUUUAAUAUCCAGCAAGACAAACUGUUUAUACAUAUCUUACUGUAAGUAAGCGUUAGUUAUUGAAGUCAGCUUGACUUAUGGGAUGUCAUCGCUGGUCCGCCUGUUUCCCUCGUCAGACGUGACGAGAAAACACUCACUGCUUGUGAGCUUGACUCAAGUUUUUAUCAGUAUGGCAAUGAAUGUGCAUGGCACAGUAAGUUAAUUUUUUAUUGUAUAUAAUGAGCAGCAACAUAACUGGUGGUGUGCUCACACAUCAGUUAUUUUGUGACUAGUAUGUUAGGAUAUGACUUCAAGCCUUCAGCAGCUGUUUGUCUUUACUCUUUGAAUGAAAUACGUAACUACUUCACUGUCAUCUACCUCAUUUAUUCUUAUUUAGAAUGACCAAGAUCACACCCAAGUGAGUGUUGUGAAGGAUCACAGGGACCAUUGUCCACUGAGCUGGACACUGAGGCGAACCUUCUUGGCCAUCACUUGAGGGGAGGCCAGCACACCACUACCUUCCAUGACUCUUUGUACGUCAGGCUUCCCUCUCAGAGGCGAUGUGCUCCAGCAGUGUGUCAUUGUCCUCACACUUAGUGCUGAAGUCAUUAACAACAUUUCUCUACUCAACACUUCUUGCCCUAGAUGGGUGUUGGCUUUGGCUCAUGAAGACUUCCUCCUAAUUGAGGCGCUAGACAAAAUUACUUUGGUGUCAUCAUUUCUUCAUUGUUGUUUUUGUCCCUUCAUCCUGCACAUGUCAGUGUGUUGGUCACCAUCAUGGGAGUGUCAGCACACCUAUUCUCCACAAAAUGUAAUCACAGGUUUCAUACGUCUGUGCUUUGUCCCAACUCAUCAAGAUCAGGAUGACCUGUUCUGUUCAUAUUUUAGGAUGAGUAGUUUUGUUCAUAUUUUCUUUUUAAUUUAUCUUUUUGAGUUAAAUGUUCUAAAAUGAUCACUUCAUAUAUUUGUUUAUGCAUGUACACACUCACAGUGAAUUGCUUCCCUCCCUUGAAAUGUCAGUCAGCAGCCUGGUGUUAUGUUAAAGCUUGUCACUCAUCAAAUCAGGGAUUAGUUAACUUGUCAUAAAUUAGUAUUCUCUGUAUGAACAAUUAUUUUUUGUUCUUUGUUUGUCAAUUAUUUAAUGGAUAACAGAAUUAGGCUAUGAUAGACAAGAGAAUAUGCAAAAUAAACCAAGAAAAGAGACAUUUAAGAGAGAAAAAGGCUUCCCCAUAGAAAUGCUGGAGUUUGGAAUAAACUAAUUGAGAAGGCAGUAUGAGCAAAGUGUGCACCAAGUCAAUGAAAGACUGAACAAAUGUAGAUAUAGAGACAGGAUCACAUGAGAGCUCAGGCCUUGUAUAUCAUGAGUACAGCUAGGUGAACACAGUCACCAGUGCAAGUCUCAGAGGGUGUGGGUGAAGCAGCAAGUUACUGAUGAAGGGAACACAUUGCAUCACACACCAGGUGCCCAGAUGACCCCACUGUGGCAGUGGGGCACAAUACUGGUAGGGUUAGGGAGUAGUGCAGUGCCAAAGAAGUCAUGUACAGUACAGAUAAAGCCUAGGCAGGGGCACCUGUUGUGUGAUGUCCUGCUCCUCCCCCUGAGGUGUGCUGCUGUGCUGUAGCUUGACGGACGAAGUGAGAUGUGUGCGUGUAAUUCACUCAGUCAUGAGAUCACAUGCUGGACUUGUGAUCAUUAGCUAUGUUCUCUCAGAGAAGGGUCAGAGCUUUUAUGAGCUAAUCUAUGUGAGACUGGUACUCAUAACACCACAGUUACCUUCUUAGUCCUGUCCACAUGAUCAAACAGUGCCUGGUGAACUUUGCUUGUGUACUGGCCAAAGUCACUGUGUCGUCCAUCCACACCCAGUACUAGAUGGUCGAACUACCAGGCUGACAGCUUUAUCUGGUGAUUUUGCUCAACUGCAGGCAUGAGCACUCUGUUGGUUUGCCCGUCAGUUUUGCCCAAACAGUAUGAAGCGAGUGUCCAUCAGGCAGCACUUGGUUGUGUGGAUGGAGCUUUGCUGUCGGGCAGGCAGCUUCAUGGUGCAGUACUCAUCUCACACCUGAAAGGUUGACUUUGAUUCUACUUUGUUAUUGUUUUCUGAUGGGGGGAGCAGUGUCUUCACACUUUGUGUUGGGGGUUCUGUAAUGACCAUUUUCUUAUUCAAGGAGGCAGUAGCUUCACUCCUCUAAGAAAGUCUUUGUGACUUGAAGAGGGCACACACCUCAGCCUGCUUACUGACGAGAUUUUACUACUUAGUAAGCAAUGUGUGUGUGUGUGUGUGUGUUUAUUACAAGCCAGCUUGCUAACAUGUAAGAAAAGGGUAAACAGUUGUUCCUCUUGUGAUGUUGCUUACACACCUAUGCUUAACAAAUGUGCAGCUAAUUGAACUGUUUCCCUGAGCUGUUGUAUUAGGAGACAGUGAUCUUGAAAAUGAACACUCUUAUGUUUUUUCUGUAAAUAGUAAUUUAGUCAAGGAUCUGAAGUCCAAAUAACACCAAAUAUGUAAUGUAACUUCUCACAGUAGUAACAUAACUAUGACUACACUACUAAUUCAACCUGUGUUCACUCAUCAGUUUUGAAAAUAUUGUAUCAUUUGUAGAUUUUCAUUGAUUACUUGCUUGGGCUUCUGCCUGCCUGCCUGCCUGCUGUGUCCUGUAGGUGCUGGGACUGGCUGGUGCAUGUCAGGUCUUGUGGUCCUCCUUGAGACAUGAGUGUGGCACGUAGUACACCACUGACUGGCUGGAAGUGACAUACUGCUUGGACUGCUCAGAGUGGUUGAAAUGAUUUGUAGAAAGUUUAGUGUGGUAAUAUAACUAAUUUAGUAUUGUUUUGAGUGGUGAGGCAGUUUGGACCUUGGGUGCGUAGGUGUGAUGUGGUACAGCAUAGCGUGGCAGGCUGGGCCAGACUAUCAAGCAGGUCACUUGGUCAGCACCACCUUCACCAUUUUGAAUUUCAUUGUUCCUGCAAGAUCUGUUGAACCAAUUUUCCUCAAACCUUUAGUUUUUACUUUUUUUAGUAAGAGGAUUAGUCAUAAAAUUGUAUCUUGUGUAAUUAUUCCAUCUGCCUCUUUGGUAUGGAAAUUCCUUCAUAGGAAUUGGUCAUGUGUCAGCGAUGCAUGUGAGUUUAGGGAGAGGAAUACACUGGCUGGUGCUGUACUACGUGCCAGUUACUUGAGGUGCAGGCUGAACACUGUGAUGGACAAGUGGCAGUGUCAAGGGGGACAUUUAGCACCUGUUUGUAAAAAGAAAAUGUUUUAGCAUUAUUAAGAUGAAACAGUAUUAGUUUUCAUAUGCAGCUUUCUACCUUAUUUAAACUAUAAAGUAAUUGUGUUUUUAGUUUUCUUUUUUCUUAUUGACUGCAAGGCAUACAUCAUGUAUGAUAUACUCUUUUGGUAUGUGCAUAAAGAUCAUUGUGUACUUGUUUCCAGUGAAUGCACCUCUCAGUGUACAUUGGUGAUCAUGUUUCUCAGCUGCCAUCCUAGUGUGUUGCUUCUCUGCAUUCCAUUGACAGACCCUCUGUAAUUAUGUUCAUUCUUUUGCUCUCACCCAUGCAAUACUUUUCAGUGACAGCCAUCACCCACUGAAAAGUGGCAAGAAAUUAAUAACUUUUUUCUAAGGACACCAGCACAUGAGCCACUUUCUAGUGGCUGGCCACAAGAGUGGUUCAUGGGUCCAUUUUCUCCAUUACAAAAAAGUGGCCAUGUUUUAGUGGCCUCAACUUUUCAAAGGCUGGUCGCUGCCACUGAAAAUGGCUCAUGCUUCAGGACCUGUCACCCAAAAAGCAUCUCAUUCCCAGUAUUGGCAGCAUGAUUCAGUGCAGCAGUAUUUAAGAUAUUGCAGCAGUGACAUUCAAGAGCUCUGAUGAGGUCUGGCUUAUUCACUCAUGUGGUCCUCAUUUUUCAGGAUGAAAGAUAAAAUUUUAUAUUGUACCUUAGAAUAAUGCAUAUGAAAGUUUCUGAUUUUCAGAAUGAAUGAGAUUAUACUGUUGUGCAUUGUGUUGCUGUCUUGUAUUGUAUUGUUAGUGUCUGGCACAUUAUCACCACCAUCUCCAACCCUUAUGUUGAGGGUUAGAUGUAGUGGUCCAGUUGCUGUCUCCCUUGUAGGGUAUGGCUGCUGGUGAACACUUCUUACAUCCCUUGGUGUAGUGAUGUAGUUGCACUUGGGGCCUUGGCUUUUCAGUCGAGCAGAAGUUGGUGAUGCCACUUUUAGCCAAGUGGAAUGUUGCACUGGCAGCUGUGACUGAGAUUAUUCCUUGAGAGGGAGAAGACCAGAGAAUACUGAUACAUUUGAAUCAAUUUGUGAUAGUGCUGGAAUAUAAAGUGUGACCUAUUUGUACAUUUGCUAUUAUGAAAGGAGACAAGUUUUUAUAUUGUGUUACUCAAAGAUGAAACCUGGAAUUAGUGUCUUUUGUGCUUAGAACAACACACAUAACCAGUGAAAUAACCAAUAAUAUAAUGACUGAUUGCGAUGUGUGCUUGGGUCUUACUCCCUCCAACCAUACUUACCAGAGUCUGCAAGUGAGGACUGAUCACUCUUGUUCAUUGCUUGGCUAUUGUUUUCAAAUGUCAAGAACUGCACAGUUUUGUUGACUCAAAAUCUAGCACUAGUUGAGGAAGGUUUAAAAUUAACUAGGAUAACUUACGCUGUCUAGCAACAAAUUUUGAAUGAUAGAAUAUUCAGAUGCACAAAUUUUGUUGUAAACAUGAGAUUGUAGUAUAGCAAGUAAUGUAAUAUUGUGUUAAACUCUCAAGAACGUACUAGAUAAUAAUGCAUGUAAUAGCAGCGAGAGGUGCUCCCUACAGGAGUGAGGCAAUACAGAUGAAAUUCAAGUUAUCACUUGCCUAGACUUGGAAUAAUUGUGGUAUGUGUACAGUCAGCCUCAGAAACAAACCAGUAAUAUCUAUGCAUAUAAGUCUUGGCAGUGUUGCCAGUGCUUAAAACUCCAAGAGUGAUGCAAUGAUUAAGAGGGAAGUGUAAUUAGUGAGUGCCUAAGUCCCAUCCUCUUGAGUGAGCCAAUCAGGGCUCUUCCUCUCAGUUUGUGUGUGUGUUUCUCAAUGCCUCACUUGCCUCAGUCCUAUGUGGAGCACCUCAUUUUACUACAGGAUUCAAGGCGUUAGUUAGUGUGUCAUGCUCAUCCUGGACUUUGUACUGAACCAAGCUCCCUCAUAAGCCAUGAAGAUCAGACAUUGCAAGUUCAUGGUUGAUGCAAUUUUUGGCAGCGUGGUGGGAGUGUUGCUAUGCAGAUGUGUACAGCUGAGUUGUGCAUUAGAAAAGGUAGGCUAAGUGUUCUUAGUAUGCUAUGGAAGUACCUGCUAUCAUUUACUCCUAAGUGUAGCAAUAUAUGAUUUUUUAAAAGUGGUAUGUGUACAGUCUGCAAUCAGUUGGUAUAAUGUGUGUAUGUAUAUGAGAGAGAGAGAGAGAGAGAGAGAGAGAGAGAGAGAGAGAAUCUUAAUUUGUAUUUAUGUAAGUAAUUUACAAUUUGAAUGUAUAUUUGUUAUUCUCAAAUUGCAAUUUACUGCCUACAUCUCUGCCAAAACUUUAAUGACCAUAACUGUUUCUCCACUGUGUCUGCUGCUACUGUUGUCAUAAUGUCAUCCUCAUCUUUAUCGUGGUCCAAGGCUCAACAUUUAUUUUGUGUAGCAAACAUAGUCGUCAAGAGUAAUUUUAGACAAAUUAUAUAUAUAUAGAUUAUAUUUUUUGACUGAGGAGUGAGUGUGAACUGUGUUAGUUAGUACAGUAAGUUGUAAUAUAGCAUUGUGCAGAAACUAUAUCAUGUUAAUAAAUUGCAGAUAUAUAUGUGUGUAA